AUGCUUCAAUUGCCACGAUCAACACAAGAAAAAGAAAUCACCACAACUCAGCCACCGACAAAUAAUGUUGGGGGUGGUGGCUUGCCAAGAUCAGUAAGCAGUGCCCGAUUUCAGAUAGCUAAAGUGUCUGGAGAAGGGGAUUAUAUACCAGUUCCAAUUCGAACAGCAUCGAGCAUUCCGACAGACCUUUCACAUACACUUUCCGUCCGACCAGGAAUUAUCACUAAUAAUGAUGAACAAAAAAUCAGUGAUAUGUCAUUAUUAAUAACAAGAACUCCGUUGAACGUUGAAAAUCAACAAAUAUCUGAUUUAAAUUCAAAUCGAGAAACCUAUAACGUUUUUGAUACAUUAGACACACUCCCACAUGUUGAACAUUAUAGAAAUUUGUUUUCAUUAACAUCAGUUCAUGUCAAAUCAAGACCAACAUUAGAAGCACUACAUGAUGCCAGUCAUAGAAAACUAACAUCAACAUUCGAUUUAAAUUGUGAAGUGGCAACAACGCCUGCAAUAUCAGCAAAACAAACGAAAGUUGUUAAAUUUGGAUGGAUAAAAGGCGUUUUGAUUCGAUGUAUUCUAAAUAUAUUUGGUGUCAUGCUCUUUUUGCGUUUAUCCUGGGUUACGGGUCAAGCCGGUUUGAUUUUAGCCACAAUUAUUGUCAUUAUAUCCACAUUAGUAACAAUAAUUACUGCAUUAUCAAUGAGUGCAAUCUGUACAAAUGGCGAAGUCAAGGGUGGCACAUACUAUUUAAUUUCACGUAGUCUCGGUCCAGAAUUUGGUGGUGCUAUCGGACUUGUAUUCUCAUUUGCCAAUGCUGUUGCUGCAGCCAUGUACACAAUAGGAUUUUCCGAAACUGUUCGUGAUCUAUUAGCGGAACGAGGUGUACAAAUGCUUGGACCUACCAAUGAUGUGAGAAUCAUCGGGGUAAUUACAAUGACGGUGAUUCUAUUUAUUGCACUUAUUGGUCUUAAAUGGGAAACAACUGUACAAAUUGGUUUACUUCUAACAUUGACAGCAUCAUUACUAAGUUUUCUAAUUGGAACGUGUAUGCCAAUUUCACAAACAAAACGACAACAGGGAUUCGUAGGAUACAGUUGGCAAGUGACAAAAGAAAAUUUGGGACCAAAAUUUAAAGAUGGUGUAAAUUUUCAACAUGUUUUUGGUGUCUUUUUUCCAAGUGUCACUGGAAUUUUAGCGGGUGCAAAUAUAAGUGGAAAUUUAAAAAAUCCAUCGAGAGCAAUUCCAUUAGGAACAAUAUUAGCCAUUAUUAUAACCAGUUCUGUUUAUUUAAUCUUUUGUAUUAUUUGUGGUAUAACAACAAAACGUGAAGUUUUACUUGAUUCAGUUUUUAUUCUAAAUGAAAGAAUUAAUUGUACAUUACAUCAAAAUAAUAUCAGUUGUAAAUCAGGUCUAACUUACAAUUAUCAGACUAUGCGUACAAUAUCGGCAUUUGGUCCCAUUAUUACUGCCGGAAUUUUUGCUGCUACUUUAUCCAGUGCAUUAGCUAGUCUAGUGGGCGCUCCAAAAGUAUUUCAAGCUGUUAGUCGAGAUAUGAUAUUUCCCCGUUUAAAAUUUUUUGCAGUGGGAAGUGAACGUACGGACGAACCACAUCGAGCAUAUUUUCUCACUUAUUUUAUUGCUGUUUCCUUUACUGCCAUAGGUAAGAAAAUUUAUCAACUAUUUACGUUUAUAAACAAAUUAAUCUUUUUCAAGGUGAAUUAAAUGUGAUCGCUCCUAUUAUAUCAAAUUUUUUUUUGAUGACCUAUGCACUUGUGAAUUAUUCAUGUUUUGAUGCUUCAUUAGCCAGAGCGUCCGGCUGGAGACCAGCAUUUAGUUACUAUAACAAAUGGGUUUCCCUUUUGGGUGCAUUACUCUGUAUUUUUGUUAUGUUUAUUAUUAAUUGGAGUGCAGCACUAACUACAUUUGUUGUUACUAGUGGU